AUGGACCAGAAACGUCAGAUUCUACGUACCUGCAAGAUUGCGACGGAAAGGCUGGAGCAACUCAAAGCAGAAGUUGCUAAAGAACUCUAUCCUGGUCGUGAUGUAUCUGAAGAUAUUAGUGCCCAAGAGGCUACCGUAGAUGCUUCAUCAGAAAUUAUUCCGGAUUCACUUACUGAACUAAGCACCGCACCUUACGAAGAACGAAGGGAACAAAUGGUAGAGAACGAAACUUUACGAAUCCUUAGAGAAGAAUUUGAAAAAGCCUUAAUUGAGUUCUUGGAUACUAACCCCUUAUUAAGACCUACCAUUGGGCGCCAAAAUAAUUCAAAAAAUUGGCAGUCGUGGUCAUUUUGA